AUGAUACCCAGAAGUCGAAGCACUGUUAUCUUCCAGUCUUUAUUAUCCACUUCUCGUACAGCAAGACGGGUACCUCUCUCGUCUACGCUCCGUCGAGCAAACUCGACGCGUCCAACAUCACAACCGCCACUCGAAGAGCUCUACUAUCAUCUCGUACCUGCGCCUGAAAACUUGGUACAUUGGUCUAAAAAGGUGUUUGCCGUGUCUUUUUUGCCUCGACCGCCGAGUUCGGUCGACGGGUCGAAAACCAUCUUGGGCGUCAUUCCUGCUAUCGAGGCUACUGAGAACGGUGAAGGUCAAGAGAGUGCUGUAGAUCAGGGCCAGGGAAAGGGACAGGAGCCUGGGUUGAAUGACUUCAAGACGAAUUUGGGAUUCCUGGAACUCAUGCACGAUACCAUUAAAAAGACUCUACAAGAUGGAGGCGACGAGUUUGUCAAUGCAGAGGCGGUCAACCGAAAGUCUGGGUGGAUGCAUAUACAUGACAUGCGGAAUGUUCCUGCACUAGGGAGGAUAGGAAAUCCAGAUGAUAUCAUCGCGUCGGUUAUGGCGGAAACGUACUCCAAGAUGCCAACAUACCGACUGUUCACGACGGAUGGGCCUCCUAAAUUGACCGAAGGUCUGGCUCGUCGUUUGGAAGAGGCCUUACAAAAGGCUCAAGCCGAGGAAGAGUCCAGUUCUACGUCAUAG